CCCACAACUCGACAGCACCACCACCAACAACAACACCAGCAGCAACUACAACAAACAAACAAACAAACAAACAAACAAACAAACAAACAAACAAACAAACAAACCGAUCAACAUGGACGAUUCUCGCCCCUUACUUCCGUUUGUGGCCAUUGCCACCCUUGACGAAAAGAAGAAGUUUGUCCUAGAAGCUUCUUUCUGUACCCAACUCGACGACAAAGCCCAUCUGAAUUUUGUCACGAGCCACCUGAGCGAUGUGGAGGAGGAAAGCUUCAUGACCUACUACGAAGAUGCGUCAUUGGGAAACUGGUUCAUCAAGGGUCUCAAAGGCGGCAUUUACAUUGUUUGCACUACCCCGGACUACCCCAAAUUUAUUGCCAUUGAAGCUUUGGACGAACACUUUGAGACGGCCAAAGGGCACGUCAAGAGCAAAUGGCGACUCGAAAAACGCAAACAAAAUCUCCAGGCAUGCUGCCAAGGACUCGCUCAGAAAUGGGGGACUAUGGAAGCUGGCUCUGCUGCCUACAUUCUCAUGACGGAAGUCGACAAUGACACACGCAUCAAAUACUCCGAAAAGGUGGAUGCAUUAAUGGCAGAAGUGGCACGGGUCAAAGAUCAGAUGCAUGAGAAUAUGCAGAAUCAAUUGUCCAAUAUGGAAGAUGCCGAUCGGUUGCAUCAAAAAUCACAGGAAGCAUUGGAAGAAGCGGCAGUGUUCAAGAAAAAGGCGAGCUCUGUAAAGGGGAAAAUGAGAGGCAAAAACAAUCGACUACUGGCCAUUGGAACGGGCGGAUCUGCCGCUGUGGGGCUCACGUUAGGCCUGUUGGUGGGUGGUCCCAUUGGAGCGGCUAUAUUGACUCCGGUGUUUGCCGUGGGAUUCCUGGGUGCCAGUGGCGCCAUGUCAGACUGGGGAUUGAGUCAAAAGUUUGUCGUUUUGAAAAAUAAAAGUGGCGGUGGAGGAAACAACAACAAUUCAUCAGGAACCUCGGCAGCGAGUACUUCCAGGGUUGAGAUUUGAAGUGCGUUUUGGGUUGCAAUAUAUUUCUUGGUGGCUACGGUAUGAUCUGCAGUGGGGCAUGCCCGAAUAUACUUCUUUCCUAGAACUCUAUUGGAGCGUUUAGAUGAAGCAUUGGAGCGACGGUCAACACUAUAAUUUUCUCUUGGCCGUGCC